AAAAGACAGAAAAUAUAUUCUGCUUUAAGAAAUUCAUUAUUUUGCCUUUUUUUCCCCAUGUAGGUGUGCUGCAGGUAGAAUUAAUGCUUACUAAAGAUGGUGUGAAAGUUUUAAGUAUUGACUGUCAUUUUGGUGACCCACAAUGCCAGAUAAUUCUUCAACUUCUUAAGAGUGAUCUUUAUGAAGUUAUCCAAGCUGUAGUUGCUGGCCAACUCUGCAAUUCUAUAUUGGCUUGGUCGGAUAAUUGUACUGCCGUGUCAGUUUCCAUGGAAAAUGGCAGCUAUCUGCAAGGUCAUAAAAAAAGCAUGGAAAUCACUGGGCUUCUUCAGGCUAAAGAGUUAGGCCUUGAAAUCUUUCAUGAAGCUACUGUAAUAAAGGAAGGCAAAGUGUUGAGUAAUGGAAACAGAAUCCUUACAGUAACAGCUGUCAAGCAGGACUUCACAUCAGGCCUUGAAGAUAUUUACAAAGGACUAGCAGUCAUUUCUAUCCAGGGUGCAAUCUACAGAAAAGAAAUUAGCCAUCAAACUAUUGCAUUCUUCAGACAGUUUGUGUCCCCAUCACAAGAAGACAGAAUUUCAGAUUCCAUAGCAUGCAGUAUCUUGGAUCAUUCAUCUGUGUUAUCUGCUGCAAGGGGUACUAAACUAGGUUGCCCUGGGCAUGAUGGGAUCAUUCCUGCCUUCUUUGAUUUGAAAGUCUCUGGUUAUCGUGAUCCAAUUCUAGUAUCGCAUGCUAAUAGCAUUGGGACAAAACUUAAGAUUGCCCAGUUGUGCAAUAAGCAUGACAUGAUUGGUCAGGACUUGGUGGCUAUGUGUGUCAAUGACCUGCUGGUUCAAGGAGCUGAACCUCUCUUCUUCCAUGGCCAUUUCGCAUUUGGGAAACUGGAUGCUGGUGUGGCUCAGCUCACUCAGGCUAUAUCAGAUGGGAUAGCUGAAGCUUGUAAACUGGCAGGAUGCACCUUCCUUGGAAGAGAAACCAAUGAAAUGCCUGCCACUUGUGCAGCUGGAGAAUACAACCUGGUUGGCUUUGCAGUUGGUGCUGUGGAGCGAGGCAUGAAGUUUCCUCGGCAAGGGAACAUUGUCAAUGAAGAUAUUGUGAUUGGAAUAGCUUCUUCAGGGCUUCAUCACCAAGGAUUUGAUCUUGUGAGAAAGAUUUUUUUAACAUCGUCCCUACACUAUUUUUCUCCAAUUCCUGGUGGAUAUGGCAACCAUACUUUAGGAGAGCAGUUGCUAACUCCAACCAAAAUCUAUAGCAGAUCUCUCCUUCCUGUCCUCCGUUCAGGAAAUGUGAAAGCCUUUAUCCACAUUGCUGAUGGAGGAUUGUUGGGAAGUUUUUCCCAGAUCCUUCCUGAAUGCUUUAGUGUUGUUUUGGAUACCCAUAAGUGGAAGAUUCCAUCAGUUUUCUCUUGGCUCCAAGAGGAAGGAAAUCUCUCAGAAGAGGAGAUGGGGCAAAUAUUCAACUGUGGGAUUGGUGCUGUUUUAGUAGUCCAGAGAGAAGCUGCCAAGAAGGUGCUGAAGGAUGUCCAGAAACAUGAGGAUGCAUGGGUGAUUGGAAAAGUUGUCCACCGAACUGCAGCGUAUCCCCGGAUAGAAAUCAAGAAUCUCUCUGAAGUGCUGCUACAAAAUAAAUGGCCAUUUUUGAAGGAUGUUUCAAAUGUAGACAAUCAACCUCAUAUCAUACACAGAAAGCAUAAAGUUAAAGUAGCCAUUCUUAUUUCUGGAACAGGUACAAGCCUUUCAGCACUCCUGGCAUAUGCAAAAGAGCCUGCAAGUUGCUCUGAGGUAGUCCUAGUAAUUGCCAACAGAUCUGGGGUGGAAGAACUAAGGAAUGCAACCCUAGCUGGGAUCCCAACCAGAGUAAUUGAUCAUAAAUUGUAUGGAAGCAGAUCAGAAUAUGAAGGCACAAUUGAUAGUGUCCUUGAAGAAUUCUCUAUUGAAUUGAUUUGUCUAUCGGGAUUUAUAAGAAUUUUGUCCAGUAACUUCCUUAGGAAAUGGUAUGGGAAGAUGCUGGGAACUUAUCCAUCAGUUUCACCAUUAAGUAAGAGAAGAAGCAUCUCUAAUCAAGCACAUCCAUCUACAGACAAAAUUGUGGGCUGUAUUGUGCAUUUUGUACUUGAGGAGACCAGUCCUGAAGCAAUAAUUGUACAAGAGCCAGCAUGUGUAAAGGCAGAAGAUACUCAGGAGACCUUAUAUGCAAAGAUCAAAGAAGCAGAGAAUCAUGUCUUUCCCAUGGCUCUGCAAUUGGUUGCCAGUGGAAUGGUACAGUUAGGAGGAGAUGGAAAAACCUACUGGAAAAGAGAAAGACAGGAGCUGAUUUGCCAAAAGGAAAGGCAGGAUUGUUAAUGCUUUUGUAACAGCAAUUUCACAUAGUGAUGAAUGACAAUGGUUGACGUUCUAAAUUACAUUUUGGUUUCAGUCUGUCACUUCCUUUUAUAGUCACUUUUUCCUUUUUCCUUUGUUUAUACAGUUACAGACUUCCUUCCGUAAACCACAGCAUUAGGAUCAGCAGUGGCUCCCUGGGGUGAGAAAAGGCAUGGGCACAAUGUGAGUUUCAAAUAGUUCCUCUUCCCAAAGGCAAAUAGCUGCCUUAGACACUGAGCUUGGGCUUCAUUUCUAUAUAUUUGCAUUGCAAUAACUAAACCAUAAUUGUCAGGGACUUUCUCACCACUGAGCAUCACCAAAAAGGUCAGCCCAGGAGAUGAAAGAGUUAUA